UUAGUAACUAAAGACAGUCGUUUCCUAACCAAGAAGGGGUAAAGUAGUGUCGCGCAAGCGCAGUGUGUCUAAAUACGGAUUUUUGUGGAUUUUCCCGCGUUUCUUAUAGAAAUUUUACUUAAGUUUUACUCUAUAAAGACUUAAAAAGUUAAGGUGCAGAACUUUUUUUCGUAAAGUUUUAUUUUGGGAAUUUUUGUGAAUGGAAUUUUAAGGCAAGCUUUCUGGUUUCCCAUAGUAAACGGAUUGUUAUAAUAAGUUAUUCACAGAUUGUCGUUUGGAAUCUACUGUUUAUUGGCCGCGAGUGUGGUCAUCAAUUUAAUUGGAUUCCAGUUAGAAAGAUUGACGAUUGCAGCUAAAAGUGGUAGUCAAAUGCUGCCGUAGUCAAAAGAAACGCAAAGAUGUCGUGAAGAAGACGAUUUCGUAAAAGUUAAGGUGAAAGACCAUAAGGGGAGAAUUAACAUAAAAGUGAAAUGUUGUGAUAACAAAGUGACCAUAAUGAAGAUGGCGCUAGGAGUGAGUUUUGUGUGUGCGUUUAGUGCGGUGUUUGUGUGUGUGGGUGGGCAUGUGGCAUUAACGUACCCUCCAGCUAGAAAAUAUGAUCUGGACUUUCUGGAUAAUUCCAGAACGAAGCCUCCAUGUGGGAUGCCUAAAGGUUCAAUAAGGACGUCAUUUUUAGCAGGUUCAUCAUUUAUAGUACAUUGGCACUUAGCGUACGCACACCGAGGUGGAUUUAGCUUAAGGAUACUGGACUAUUUAGAAAGGCCUCUUUUGGACUUAACGCCGAGGGCGGGAGGUUCGGAGUUCGUCAGAGAUGAUCCUACCGCUCAGCAGUAUGAAGUGCGUCUGCCCAGUGACUUCACCUGCGACAACUGCACGCUGCAACUGCAGCGCGAGGCGGGCGAGUGGGGCGCCAACUACAGGUUCUGGUCGUGCGCGGACAUCGAUAUUGUCACGCGCAAAAACUACCACGAGACGUGUUCAGGCAGAGGUUUCCACAUCCUGGGCCGCUGCAAGUGCCACAAGAUGCACAGCGGGCCGCGCUGCCAGUUCGCGGACGAGUGCGGGGAGGACAACGACUGCGGGCUGCGCGGCAAGUGCCUGGACACCAACUCCACCGAGCUGCCCAGCAGGCUGUGCUACUGCCCGCUCGGCUUCUACGGGAAAGGUUGCAACAAAAAGGCACCAUGGAAGGACAAGAACAUCAACCUAUCAGCGUACACCAAGAAGCAGUUGUCCAAAGAGUUCGCGCUGUACUGGCGCGUGAUGAAGGAGGACGCGGAGAUCGAGCUGGUGAUGAUGGUCAACGGGACUUCUUAUGCCGCUGUCGGUUGGCGACCGAAGGGAUUGAAGCAGGAAUGUAAAAACUUCCCAGUGUUGGGCCCGCCGAUUAAUACGCCUAGCACGCCAGCUCCCGAACCGUUACCAGAACCGGAACCAAAAUCAGAACCAGAAUCGGCUCCAGAACCAAAUGCCGAGCCCGAACCAACUCCGGAACCAAAAGCAGAACCACAGCCCACCCCGGAGCCAAAAGCCGAGCCAGAACCGACUCCGGAACCAAAAGCUGAACCAGAACCAACGCCUGAACCAAAAUCAGAACCGACAAAUCCACCCGAUGACAACAUAACUGAAAAUGAUAACAGAAAUAAGCGAGUAGCGAUGCAUACUUUAGACGGGAUUGAUUUUAAAAAUCUUGGCAACGAUGUUAGUGUUAAAACAAGUGUUUCCUACAAAGUUUCGAGUUCUAAAGGUCGAAAGAAACGCGCCACGACUGAAAAAGACAAACCAAAUGUGGAAACAUCGACUAUUUUAAAAAAUGACAACGACAAUCCCUCCUCUGAACCCGAAACUACUCCAGAACCAGAAUCAAGUGUCGAACCAAAGUUAGAACCAAAGCCUAAGCAUAAGUCCUUCAAACCAAAGCCCAAACAAUUGACUGAGUUAAACGAUAAUUUCAAAAUUAAGCCCACAUCCAUCCCAGAACCUACAUCCGAACCAGAACCUACUGACAAACCAGAACCUAGUCCAGAACCCGAACCAACUUCUGAACCAGAACCUACUCCGGAACCAAAAGCAGAACCAGAACCAAGCGCAGAACCAGAACCCAGUCCUGAACCUAAAGCUGAGCCUGAACCCACAUCUGAACCUAAAUCGGAGCCUGAACCCACAUCUGAACCUAAAUCGGAGCCUGAACCUACCUCUGAACCUAAACCAACUUCAGAAUCACAGCCAAAAUCAAAACCCGAACCUAGCCCUGAACCUAAAUCAGAGCCUAAACCUAUUUCUGAACCUGAACCUACUCCGGAGCCUAAAUCUGUACCUGAACCGGAACCCGAACCCAAACCUGAACCAACUUCUGAACCAGAACCAUCUCCAGAACCAACUUCUGAACCCGAACCAUCCCCUGAACCUGAACCUAAUGCAGAAGCGGAUUAUGAGAAUCUGCUAGUGAAGGGACUUUCCGAAGAAACAGGCUACUACCCCUCGCAUGAAUACGUUCCGAAGUUUGACUUCAACCCCAUGGACUGUACCGACAUAGUGAUCGGAACUGCCAAGGGAAAUUACCACAGGGUGCUCGACUAUUACACAAGAGACAGGUCCACUCCACGCGUGGACACGUUCUGGGGAGGACACGACGACAUCACGGCAGCUUCAGGUUUCGAAGAAAACGGAGUCACCACCAUCAUGUUCCGAAGGAAAAUCAAGGCUAAGGAGCCGACGGACCACUCGUUCGUGGACGACCUGAUGCACGUGAUCUGGGCGCGCGGCCAGGAGUACGGCCACUACCUGCACUCGCCGCCCGCCGGCGUCAGCGCGGGGGACUUCUACCGCGCCGACGAGAUCAAGUACCACGGACACGGCUCGCAGCGGGGCGUCGCUUCACUCAACUUCUUCGAAGAAACAAAAACCUCAACAUUCGGUGGUAUCCAAUCCCUCGACAACGACAAGUGCGGCGCGCAAUGGAAACUACCCACGAACUGUGACGUCAGCAACAACACCUGCGACUUCGUCGCCUCUUGGGAGUACCUUGGACUGACGCGUGGCAAGGACUCUGUGAAGUUCACCAUCAGGACCAAGAAGGGCAAGUUCUGGACUGGCAUCGGAUUCAGCAACGAUAAGAAAAUGUCGCAAACAGACGCAAUAAUCGGCUGGAUCGACCCGCGCAGCAACCGCCCGUUCCUUAUGGACACGUGGGUGAGCGGCUACUCCGCACCACGCCUCGACCCACGCCAGGAUCUCAGCAAAAUCCAGGGCUCCGUGGAAGACGGCGUCACUGUGCUCAGCUUUGUGAGGAAGCGCGACACUGGCGAUCAGAAGGAUCUGGCGUUCACGGACAGCAAGUGCCUGUAUAUGAUGUUCGUGACGCACGGCGGCGGCUUCGACGCCGUCAACAAGCGCACCAGCAAGCACGUGGAGGUUCCCUACGUCACCGACGAGCGCGUCUGCAUCAAGCCGUGCGGGCCUGAACCGUCAAUAGAAGAAGAGGAGCAGAGCACGGAAGCCCAACUGCCGGGGACUCGCAGCUACUCUCUGCUAGUGCGGCUGACGGGGCUGGCGGACAGCUUCCGCCCCCCGGCCGCCGGCAGCGCGGACUAUGAGGACCUGGCCAAGAAGAUCACGGAUAACCUGGCGCAGGAGCUCAGCCGUACCAAGGGCUACCAGAGCCUGACUGUCAACGGGUUCAUGCAAAACGAAACCAAGGCAUUUAUUGCGGAACUGACGCUAAAAUCCAUCGAUCAGAACUCCAUUGAGGAUUCAGCGCGUUCACUCGAUAACGACCUCUCGCUCGCUGAUAACGGGACGGAGGAAGACAGCGAUAUGCUGAAAUGGGAGAAGGCUAUAAGGGACACCCUCGCGGUGGGGAAAGUGGGAAACCUGAAUGUUGACCCGGAGUUUUUGGUGUUCCAGCCAAUUGCUCUGACAGCAGUGCAGCCAUCGGAAGAGCCUACCAUCAACAAGUCGCUGUUCGGGUCGGCGGGGCGGCUGUGGCUGGUGGUGGGCUGCCUCGCCGCGCUGGUGGCGCUGGCCUUGCUUCAAGCUGUGUGUACAUUAGCACGCACCGCGGCACCCAAGAGCAAGGACCAACUGAUCCCCAACACAGCGUGGAAGGAUUAUACAUCAGCGAACACUAACUACGCAUUCGAACCUUUUGAGAACGAUGACAAAUAUAACAGCACCUCUACGCGCUCUCCCAGACCUACCUCCCCUCCUCCCCCGCGACCCACCAGUGCGCACAAGAUGACCCCCAAACCACACAAGAACGGACCUCACAUAGCCAGCAAUGGUCACAACAUGGGAACAAAUGUUCAUAUGUCUAACAAUGGUCACAUGCCAAACAACGGACACAACAUGCCCACUAACGGUCACAUGGUUAACGGACAUAACCUCACCAACAGAAGCCGUGCCAUGAACGGCAGAGACGUCCGAGACGGUCGUGACAUGCCUUUAAGUCCGCGAGAGAUGGCCAUGAGCAAUCGAGAAAUGGCCACGAGUCCGCGAGAAAUGGCCAUGAGCCCUCGGGAGAUGGCACUAAAUAGUCACUCGAUGGCCAAUAAUGGCUACCCGACAAACGGGAGGAGCAAAACGCCGAAUGGGUCGAAGAAGUUUGCGAAUAGUGCGCAGUAUUACCAUGACACGAGGUCGCUGCAGAGGCCGAGGUCACAUUAUGGGUACAACGGCGGCGCGGGCGGCGGCGUGGCUGGCGGGGCGGGCGGGGCGGGCGGGGCGGGCGGGGUGGGCGGCGCGGGCAGCUCGCGCUCGCUGCCGCGCGGGGAGGCGCAGCCCGACUUCUACUUCAUGCCGUCGCAGCGCAAGCACGAAGUUUUAAGUAGUCAGUUAUCAAAACAGAUUUUUGAACGUGAGUUCGAUGACAACUGAUUUAAGUUACCAAUAGACAGACAUACACACUAUAGACAUUCAUUUGUGAAACAUUUUGGUUAAUUAUUUAGUAAACACCGCAUUAAAAAUGACAGACGUAAGUACUAUAUAAUGUACCUACUUGUUAAUUUGACUUAAAAAAAAAGAUGACUGUACCAUAUUUAUUAUUGAUCUGUAUUAAAAGAUUAAAAAUGAAUUUACAAAUGUAAAAAAAAUAUUGCUUUCUUUUGGAAUUAGUACUUUGACUGUUUAGUUAACAAUGUGUGUAGGUAAGUAAAAACAUUUAUCUGUUUCUUGUUCUAUUGAUUUUGAUUUUAUUUUUAUUCAUAAUUUUUUCACUUUUAUUAAUUCCAAACCAGUUCUAGUCUCACGUCACAGUUUUAAUUUUAAGUUAUCCUUAGCUUCUUGUUCCGGUGUUGCCAAUCGUAGAUGAUGAUAUUAUAUGAUGUGGCAACACUGAGUGUUGUUGCUAGCUUAAUUUUUGCAAAAUCCUGAUUUUCGUGGUGCUUUGAUUCUACCAAUGUUUUUGAUAAAGAGGUUAAUUUUUGUGCCAGCAAUCGUUUCAAGAAUCUGUACCAGUCGGUAGAUCAAAUCUAAUACUAACAAAAAGCAAAAUUAAUGAUGCAAAACGCGAAUUUUGUGUACGUAUGUAAAAAUUUUUUACACUCGUUAUAUUUUUUAUAUUCCUGGCAACACUAUGAAGAAGUGUAAAUAUAAGCAAUUUUCUCUGUAUAUUUGCAAUAUUUAUAUGUAUUUUACCUUGUAAUGUAACAUAGUAUUGGUGAAUGUACUUAAUAUUUUGAAUGUCUUCCUCUAUUAAUUUUCAGAAUAAUUUCAGGUGUUUUAUGACAAAUUAUUAUUAUUAUCAUAGAGUAGAUAUUAAAAUAGGUGAAAAACUAAAUAUGUUUGUUCGGAAUUUUUUCGCCUCAAAUAUUAAAAUGUAUCCGUCCAUUUUUAUUUAUAGUUCAGAAUUAUUUUAUAGGUUAUGACUUAUUAUAAUUGAGAUUUAUAUAGUUACAACAAUAUUUUUAUUUUGUAAAUAUCGAUUGUAGAUAGUUUUAUUCAUAUUUUAACCGGGUAUUUAAAGUUUAGGUACUUAGAGCUUAGAUCAAGUCCAUUUAAGAAAUAAUAUAUUAAAAGGAUUAUUUGAAAAUACCAUUAAAAUUAUAGUUUCAGCUUAGAAAUAAUAGGUCAAUAGUUUAACACUUUUGCAUUAAAAUAUUUCUUCAUUUUAAAUUUAGUUUCUAACUAAGAAAAUGGUGCGAUUUGUAUACCUAAGUAAUAAAUAAGUAUACAUAACAUAGAAGUUAAGAUAAAGCAAUAAUAGAUAACUACCUAUUUAUUCAGUCAUAAAUCUCGUCUUUGUGGUGCUUCCACACUGGGUUUAAAAUGUUUAGUAACAUAAUUAUUUAUUACCAUAGCAAUAUACAUUACCUAGGUAACUAUAUAUCUACGUAACAAACACCACAGAAUUAUAGAUUGUAACAAUUUUUUAUACACCAUAAUAUGAGAUAUAAAAAAAGAAAUAAUGACUAAAAUAACGACAUGGCAAAUGUUUACAUAUUAUUAUUGUUAUCGUAAUUAACCAUUUUAAAAUUGCUGUUUGUAAUUUUAUCACAUAAUUUGCGAAAAAUGUGGUUCAGAGUCUUGUAACACAUUACUAUUCCACUAAUCUUCUAAUAUGGAGUAUGUAUCACUAUAGAUUAGAAUUAUAAAUUUUAGAAAAAGGUCUAGUUUUUUAUACUCAUAAACGAAUGCAUAUAACUAAUAUGUAUAGUACCUAUAUAUGUAUUUGGUUCUCUGACGUUAUAGUUUUUGAGAUAGAUUGCUAUUAAUUUUAUACAUAGGUAGUAGGUACCUACACGAGUUGACGAUGAAUUGUGCUAAUUCGGUUCUACAAAGAUCCUAAACCAAUAAUAACAUUGACAGGACUUAAAGUGUUGCCAUCCUAUUCACAUCGUUAGGUAUCUAUAGAAAAAGAUGGUUGGUAAAUAAAUUUAAUAUAAUAUUUUUCUUAUAUUUGUUUAUAUUUUGUGUAAAUAACAAUCGAGAAAUGUAACAUUUUUAGUAUUUCUAUAUACUGUAGAAGACAAAGUAGUUUUCAUUAAUAAUGUCAUUAAUUUAAAUUCCAUUAACAAAGCGAGUAUUAAUUAAUGUAGCGUAAGUGUUUACCAAAUCUAAGAUUAUAAAUAAAUAUUUUUUACAAAUUA